AUGGUUUCGGAGUUGCAGUUGCCAAAUCAAAACGUACGGCUUGCGGAAGUGGCGAAACGGUAUCAGCAUUUGGCUGAAGUACCAACUAAGGAUUAUCCGUCGGAGCUGCCCAAGAUUCUUAUAGGUUUAGACAACCUAUAUCUAUUCGCGCCAUUGGAGUCGCGCAUCGGUAAACCAAGUGAACCUAUCGCAGUACGGUCGAGGCUCGGCUGGACGAUUUAUGGGUCGGAAAAACGUAAGACCAGUGUCCACACAUAUCUGAAUCUGCAUUCAGUGGCACGAGUGAGCAACCAAGAGCUGCACGACCUUAUUCGGAAGCAAUAUGAGAUGGAUGAGACAGCGGUUACACCGUUCACCGCGCCGGAACCGGUCGACGAGAAACGUGCUCGAGAAAUUCUCGAAACGACAACGAGGAGAGUGGGCGAUCGUUUCGAAACAGGGUUACUAUGGCGAAAAGAUGAGCGAUGGUUUCCUGACAGCUAUCCGAUGGCUGUGCGGAGAAUGAGGGCACUCGAACGAAAACUGGAGAAGGAUCCAGCGUUGAAACAGAGCGUCUGCCAGCAGAUUGUGGACUACCAAAAGAAGGGCUACGCUCAUAAAAUAACUGCAGAAGAGAUCGUAGAAACUCCUAGCUCGACGGUGUGGUACCUACCGAUGAACGUGGGACCGGAUAUGCUGGUACCACUUCCCAAAGUCGUUUGCGGGUUCCGACAAGGUCCAGUGGCUUUCGGAGGGGACAUCCAGGAGAUGUAUCACCAGUUAAAAAUCCGGACUGAAGAUAAGCAAGCGCUGCGUUUCAUGUUUGACAGUGACUCAACUGGAGCACCGCAAGUAUAUGUGAUGGACGUGGCAACUUUCGGUGCAACGUGUUCGCCAUGUUCAGCGCAGUUCGUUAAAAAUCUAAAUGCAAAACAGUUCGAAAAAGAGUUCCCGGAAGCAGCGGUAGCUAUAAUAGAGAAGCACUACGUGGAUGACUACUACGACAGUGUAGAUACCGUCGAGGAGGCAGUCGAACGGGCAAGGCAAGUGCAAUAUAUUCACUCGAAGGGAGGAUUUCACUUACGAAACAGGGUGUCGAAUUCGGAGGAGUUUCUGCAGAGAAUCGGCGAACGUAGUGCAGACACAGCAGUGCAUUUCAGUCGAGACAAAGGCACGGAGUACGAGCGUGUUCUAGGGAUCGUUUGGGAACCGGUGGAUGAUAGUUUUUGUUUCGCUACCGCUUCAAAGACGGAUUUCCUCAGAAUCCUCAAUGGCGUGGAACAUGCGACGAAGCGGGCGGUUCUCAGCUUUGUGAUGGCUCAAUUUGAUCCCAUGGGAUUCCUCACACCGAUUACCAAAUGGCUGCGCUGGAUACAGAUGAUGCGAAACGUUGGGUCGUUCAAGCUGCCAAGGAGUUAUUUUGGAGGUGCAAAGUCUAACGAAAUAACGAAUCUGCAGUUGCACGUAUUCGCUGAUGCUAGCGAGACAGCGUACGGGUGUGUAGCGUAUUUCAGGGCGAUCGUGCAAGGAGAAGUAAGGUGUGCGUUGGUUAUGAGUCGAUCUAAGGUGGCACCAUUGAAGCAGAUCUCGAUCCCACGACUAGAGCUUCUGGCUGCUGUUUUGGGAGCACGGUUGUCGCGGGCUGUGCUCGAGAACCACAACAUCGUUAUUGGGAAAAUUGUUUACUGGAUCGACGCGAGCGUAGUGAUAUCGUGGAUUCGAUCCGAUCAGCGAAGGUACAGACAGUUCGUGGGGUUCCAGAUUGGCGAGAUUCUUACUCUGACGAGGUUAACCGAUUGGCGCUGGGUACCGACCAGAGUUAACGUUGCAGACCAGCUUACGAAGUGGGGCAAGGAUCCGGAUAUGCAUCCUAACAGUUCGUGGGUUCGCGGACCAGCGUUUUUGUACCAAAGUGAAGAAGGGUGGCUGAAAAGAGAACUGCCGCCGGCAAACACGACAGAGGAACUGAGAAUCCAUCUAUUGCUGCAUGAGGUGAAAGGAUCGGAUGUUCUCGUGGAUCCUGGCCGCUUCUCUAAAUGGACGGUGUUAGUACGAACUAUGGCGUGCGUACUUCGUUUCGUAUCGAAUUGUAAAAGAAAUGUUGCCGGGUUGCCGAUUGAGGUACUGCGUGCAACGAACAAGCAGGCGAAGGUACUGAAGUUAAGAAAAGGCCCGUCGAUCAGGCGGCCGCUUCAGCAAAGCGAGUACCAACAAGCGGAACUAUUUUUGUUGAAAAUGGCGCAGGUGGAAAACUUUAUAGAUGAACUGACGGUACUGAAACGAAACAGGGAUCGUCCGACUGAUCAGAGUGGAUAUGGAUACCACCAGGCGGUGAAAAACGAGCUGAGGCAAUUGUAUUACAUUCCACACGUGGAUGCGGUGGUUCGAGUUCCGCGUAUAGCUCCGCUGCCGGUACAGAGACUCACGCCAAACCUUCGUCCGUUCAGCUUCGUUGGAGUCGAUUAUUUGGGACCGUUUGAUGUUACUGUUGGGCGCCGAACAGAGAAACGGUGGAUCGCGCAGUUUACCUGUCUGGUAACACGCGCGGUGCAUUUGGAAGUGGCACACGGGUUGACUACUCAGUCGUGCCUAAUGGCAGUAUAUCGGUUCGUGGGCCGUCGUGGUUGGCCGUGCGAAUUCUUUUCCGAUAACGGAACCUAUCUGCGAGGAGCUAGCAAAGAAGUGCUAGAAGUUGUUCGGGGAAUAGGAGACGACUGCACCGAUCAAAUUACAAACGCUCGGACAAAGUGGACGUUUAAUCCGCCAGCAACACCCCAUAUGGGAGGCGUAUGGGAGCGUCUUGUACGUUCAGUGAAGGAGAUGCUGACGGCUCUUGACGACGGUAGGCGUGUAACGGAUGAGAUUCUGCAAACAACUAUUGUCGAGGCGGAGGACAUAAUAAAUUCUCGUCCGCUCACCUACGUUUCACAGCAGACAGAGGAAGCUAUAGCACUCACCCCGAACCACUUUUUGAGGGGUACCUCACCGAACCAGCCUUGCGCAGGUUCACCAGUUGUACACACAGCAAAAGCACUUCGGGACGCGUUUCAGCGUUCACAGCAGUUAGCCAACGUGAUGUGGGAGAGAUGGAUAAAGGAGUAUGUUCCCUCGCUAAAUCAGAGGACAAAAUGGUUCGGCGAGACUAGACCGUUGAAAUCUGGAGAUUUGGUGUACGUCGUGGAAGGUAACAGCCGAAAGUGCUGGACUCGAGGAGUGGUGGAGGAACCCAUCGUGUCAGGUGACGGACGGGUUCGACAGGCAUGGGUGCGAACGAAAAGCGGAAGGUUCAAGCGAGCGACAGCGAAACUAGCAGUGAUGGAGAUUCAAGAAGGUAACUCUGAGCCGGAUAGCACCCCCGGGACAGGGUUACGGGCCGGGGAAUGUUCUGGCCACACUGGUUAUGUUUCAGCCGCGUCGCUGCAUGCUUGA